GCAUCACUGAAGAUGUUACAUUCAUAUGCUGUACUAGAAAUGUUAAUUGGUAUUGAUUGCCAAUGUUCUGUAUACCAAACCUUACACGAUAAAACAGCCACGAAGGUUUAUUUUGGACUUUUUGCGGCAAGGAACCGGACGUCGAAACACUGUCCAGUUGGACACUGAAUGCCUACGAAGUCCUUCGUCCUUUACCCCGGCUGCUAGAAGCUGACCUAAACGUCUUCGCUCCCUGUAAUGUGCAUUGUUCAGUGAAUGCCCAUUGUAGAGCGACGUCACGCUACGUAAACGCCUGACUGUUGAUUGUUGAGCGGCAUUCCGGGGAAUCAAGCUAUUUUCGUGUCAGAGGGAAAAUAUAUAGGGUCUCUGGAUAUUGAUAUCGCUUUGCAGGCUUCUCUGGGUGAUUUGAGAAACAACAUUGUUGCGAACAGUUGCAGAUCCGCUUGACUCACUGCAAAGGGAGUCCACCACGCUUCAGAUGCUGAAAUCAUGGGUGUUUGAGGAUGGGGAAGAAAAUACAAUGUAUCGGCCGUUAUUCUAUGGAAAACAAGACCCUUGGCAAGGGGAACUUUGCAAGAGUGGAGUUGGCCGUUCACAAUAUUACACAGUGCAAGGUUGCCAUCAAGGUGAUAGAGGUUCAGAAGAUCAAGGAGAGUUAUGUUCGCAAGAACCUGUACAGGGAAGCUCGUAUUCUUUCACAACUGCGCCACCCCAACAUUGUGCGACUUUUUGAAACAUUACGGGCUGGCACCUUAUACUGCUUGGUAACAGAAUAUGCUGCAGGAGGGGAGCUACUUAGCUACAUUAGAACACAGAAGGACUGCAGGCUCUCUGAGCAGCAAGCAUGGCCGUAUGUACGCCAACUUAUUUCAGCACUCUGCUACCUGCACGAGAGAGGCGUGGUGCACAGAGAUUUGAAAAUGGAGAACAUUUUAUUGGACGAGAAAAAGAAAAACAUAAAAAUUGUAGAUUUUGGUCUAAGCAAUUCCUUCACUGCAGAAGAGAUGCUGAAGACUCACUGUGGCUCUCCAGAGUAUGCUGCACCUGAAUUAUUCACAACUGGAAAAACAUAUGGACCAGAAAUAGACAUUUGGAGCUUAGGAAUCAACAUGUAUGCACUGCUAGUAGGAAAACUUCCAUUCACAGCACCAUUUAAUGAUGAGCGACGUAGACAGAUGCUUUUACAACAAAUACAGAAGGGGCUUUGUCUACAACAUGAUAAAGAAAUGGCCCAUCUUUCUCCAGAUUGCAGAAGUUUGUUACGCCAGCUAAUAGAGCCUAACCCUGAUUAUCGCCUGCCCAUGAUAGAGAUAGAGGUGCAUCACUGGGUGACCAGGAGUGGCGCCUGUCCAUUUUACCCUUACCAGGCCCCACCUAGGGAUAGGACGUUAAGAACACAGGUGAUUGAAGAAGUAUCUGGCCUGAUGGACCUGGACCCCAAGGAGGUGGAGAAGAAGGUCCAUGAGUACAGGUCAGAUGAACUGUCGGCCAUGUUUAACAUGAUGGUGGAGGCACAAAAGAAGGAGCAAGGUUUCUAUGACCUAGACCACACAGUAAAGAAGACCCCUAAGUACCAGGAACAAAUUAUGAAGCAUACCUUGCGUUCUCAGUUCAGCAGUCGUUUACAAUUCAGAGACCCCAAGCAUGGGGCAGUACGAACCUUAGCACAAGCCAUUGCACACCCACAAAUAGUUAGACCAAAGAAAGAGAGCCCUAGCCAGUGUCCUGUAACUGUGACAGUUCAGGGGGGGUCACCAGCUCACACCCAGGUAACAUUACAAACGGGCAGUACAGGCAAUACCCAGGCCACACCCAUAUAUCUUGGAAAUGGACUGGGACAGAUGGGACAGAGUGAUGCUUCCAAAACUGACCAACAAAAAAUUAAAAAACCAAACAACCUACAAGUAUCAGGUGAAAUGCAGUUGAACAAGAGUCCUUCACCACUGAGAGGCAGUCUUAAGAAAAGAACUAAUCUAAGAGUUCAGAACCCAGAUUUCAUGGAAACUAUGCACAGUUCCCCUCUCAUGUCCCCCAAGUCUUCACAAUCCACACCACCAACACCAAGGUCUGCGAAAAGCCAAGUUCACUUCAGUAUGGAUGUAGAUCAGAUCAAUGUGCCAAACAGUAAAACAAACAAGGCCAGUUCAGUUUGCUCUCCAAGUUUGAAGAAAAUGAGUAAUGGCCAUCUUCAUAAUGCCUGGCAGGACAGUAGGGACGGUCAAACAGGAUCUGGAAAGGGGGGUGAUGAACACAGCCAUGCUCGGGAGGCAUGCAAGGCAUCUGGUGCAAUUCCAAAGUGUUCAUAUUUUAGCCACCCGGUUCCAUUUUACACCAAACCAGAGAAGAGGCCACCAGGAAGACCGGGUUUCUCACACAGUCCUUCUUUGGGCAGGAAACGAUACACUGUUCCUGCACCAAGUAGUGCUUUGUCAGAAAAACACAGUAAAGAGCAGCUUGGACCGUCACAAACAAAUCUUCCAGAUGAUGAAAAAUUGAAAAGGGCAGAAAGUGCAAAUGGAAAUGAAUUAACAGUUAAAAGUAAUGGAAAAAAUGAAAAGAUUAGUAAAAAUCCAGCAACAGCUAUUAUUAAUACAAAAGGGAACCCGCACCAAGAAAUUCACCGAGAACAUUCAGAAGAAGGUGAAGAACAGGACAUUGAAGCUGAAUUAGCAGCAGCUUUUGAAGAACAAAUUUCCUUAGAAAGUGACACUGUUUCAAACUCUUUUGAGGAUAUUGAAACAGUGGAAAUAGACAAUAUAAAGGGAGGGAUGAAAACCUCCAGCCCCAAUGCAAAUGAAUCCAGCAAAAGCACACCCAGAAAAUCGCCAACCAAAUACUUUGGUCGCAAAAUUUGCAUGAAGCCUAAACCAGUGCUGGCAAUUCCAAUAGCCACAGCUGAAAGUUUAUCUGAAGACAGUGACAGUUCUCAUGGAGGGACAUCGGUGACUGGUAAAGUGAAAGGGGUUCAGAAGUUGUUUCCAAGUUCCAGGCAGAGUCCUCAAAACAAGCAGAAAUGUAGCCGUGCUGCUGUAAACAGCACUCCUAUGGCUACUGUAUUUACAUACCCUGGUGAUCUGAAAAGUCCUGUACCAGAUCUUCCUAUUAGACUGGAACCACAUGAUGAGGACACUUCCCCAUCCUCACCUCUGUUGGGUAAGAAAGGCAGCAUUGAGCGGCAUGCUUCUCCUAACUGCAAGACUAAGACUCCCACGGGCAGCAGAGAUCAAGACAAAACAGAAUCACCAGGCCGGCGGUUCUUCAAGUUGCAUAAUAACCACCCAGUGCAUAAUUCUAAAAAACAGCAAAAUGAUAUUCAUGAAUGUACACAGGUUGCAAGCAGUCCAGAAAUGUCAUCACCAUGCAAUGAAUCUAGGGGCACAAAGUCACAAAGACUUUUCUUUCUGCGGCAGUAUGACAAGGCAAAGAAACAGAUAACAUGGCGGCAAGGCCUAUCACAUUUACUCCGCCGAAAGAAUCGGUCCAACAACAACACCCCACCAUCCAAUCACAUGCGACAAUCACAGAGCGAGAGCAUGCAAGUUGCUAAGCCACCAUCCCCCAAAAAGCCUCAUCCAAAAUGGCAGCCAGAGCACUAUCAAGAGAUGGAGGCUCGUUGGACAGGAGCUCCAUCCCCCAGUGUCACUGAUAAACAGAGCUUUGAAGGAAGUGGCUACCUGACAGUAUGACAUGCCCAUCAGCAACACUAUGCAGAGCUGCUAGAAGAUUUCUGUGAUAGUAUUUCACCUUGCACCUGCUUUCACCUUAUGCCAGGCCAAUUUUACUUGGAUAUUUCUGUGACAGUUUGCCUGUCAUCUGUUUGCAUAUUACUUUUAUUUCUCUUGCUUCUAUACAAUGAACAGCAUGCUUGUUAACCCACUGUCUUUUCCCAAUUACUUCCUCAUCAGGUCUCAAUCUAUCUUCCUCACCUGUUCCUCGCUCUUCCAAAAGCCCCUGCUUUCUCCCUCUGUUUGACUUAACUUUGUCUCAACUGGGGUCACCAUCAGCAAGUCCAAUACAACACCAAAGAGAAAGGAAGAUCUUGCAUAAGAGUGGGCAGUGGCGCACUUUAAAGACUCAGCACAAGUAUGAAGUAGACAAUAACAAGACAUCAACAGUGCCAACUACCACGGGAAGGGUGAACCAGCCAAACCCCAGUUCAGAUGGGACAGAGAGGUCAGUCCAUGGCAAGAGCAGCCCUGCCAAAACCAAGUUGUCAGCUUCCAAAACCCCAACUCCCAAAUAGCACUCACAAGGCUAUGCAAAAUCAAAAGCAACAUAAAUGGUGCUUUAUACCUUAACAUUUCCAAAAAAAAAAAAAAAACUGUGAAAAUAGAAGACUGAAUGUGAUAUAUGGUACUUCAAAUGUUUGAACCUAUUCAGUGUAUUUUUAAACAUAUUAUCAUUACAAGUAAUCCCACUGAAUUGAAACAGAGUCAAAAUAGGCUAUUAUAGAGAUAGUGUGCUGUGUAGACUAUCAUAAAGACAGCUAAACUGAGCAAUUUUUUUCUGACAGAUUUGGUGGAGACUGAAGGAACUAGCAUACUGGUAGUUCUGAAACAGGCAUUUCACCAAACUCUUUUAAUGAAAAUAUUGCUUAUUAUUUUCAAGCAUCCAGGUUUUGUAGGAUAAGGAAAAAUAAUGUACUUUCUUAAAAAUUAAUCUACAUUUUUAACAUUUAACAGGCUCUCUUGUAUCAACUUCAGUUAGUCUUGUUGAGAAAGCAAGACAUCAAUUAGAAAGAUUAUAGUUAAAUUUCCUUUUUAAAAAUGCCUUAAUUUUGCAUGUUUUUGUGAUAUUAUCAAUUUUCAACAUUAUUGAUUUAUUAAGUCCAGGUUCAUCAAUGCCUUGUUGCAGGGCUGUGGUUAAUGAGGAUACAUUUUAGUAUCUUCAUCUAUUCAUUUGUCACAAUUACUGCUUUUUAAUCGGUGUCCAGCGGGUUUUUAUGCAUAUUCCCAUUAACAAUGCAAUUCAUGUUAUCAGUCCACAAUACAGCUGAAGUAUUCAUUGUCCCGUUGUCCAGUGUUUACUGUCUGUUUUAAGACUUUUUUCCUUUACAUCUUGUAGGCUUUGUGGAACAGUUUUUAAAUUGCCUCUUUUUACAUCAAUGUUGUGACCAAAAGCAUCCUCAGCAGUGUUUCUGUCAACUGAAAACCUCAUCAGUGAUUGCUGUGGUGAUUGGGUAUUGUAUGUAUGGAUGUAGAGGAUUAUGCCAUUUUACUGGCCUGUGAAUAUAGUAAUAACUUAUUUCUCCAUAUCCUCCCUGGGAGAGUUGGAAACUAAAAAUUCUACUGGUCUAUGUAGGGUAAGCACCCUGAAAAGUACUACUUAGGAUAAGAAAUGUAUUUGUAAAUAGUUUCUUACUUCUAAUAAAAUAAGAAUGAUAUUACUCUUCAUAAUUUAUAGUUCUUACAUCACUAAUUUUGUUGCAGAUAUGCAAUGGCAUCAUUUCUGUUCUUUUCUUGAUUUACAGACACCAUUUUAAAGCAUACCAAGGUGCAGGAUAAUUGAAACAUUGCUUUUUGUCUUCAUUCAUAUGAACACAAAGGACUUUCAGUAGAUAUUCUGUACAGUACCUGUUGGAUCAUCUGAUACAGCCGUUUUAAUUUUUAAUAAGCAAACCGUUUAUGAAUCACUUGGGCAUAAAAAGAAUUUAAGAUGUUUAUUUUAUUUCACAGCAGGGUCUGUAAAUCAAGAAAAAAUCACUCGCAAAAAUACAAAGCCAAAAGUUAAUUUAUGCACUGUGUGCAAUCCAUUCCCAGUUAAAUCAGGAAAUAAGAGAAAAGGCUCACCCCAACUGGCUUGAUAUUUGGUUGUUACCCAGACAUACAAUGCUAGUAUCUCAGGGUGAGACCAAAUCCUCAGGCAACAUUUAGUUAUAUCAUCUUCUGCAAAUUUCAGUUUUUUUAAGGUUUUAAACUGAAAACUUCACCAUCUAUUGUAUUAAUAGAAACUGGUGCAUGGUGUUUGAAAAUCAUUAAUCUGUAUAUCGAACUUUUCAGACCGAUUUGUAUUUUCAAAUCUAUAUGUAUUUUUCUUAUCUAAAUAAAGAGUGUAGACCAUA